UUGGUUAUUUGAAUCUUCAAUACAUCACAUUAUGUCCGGAUCGAGGUGGAUAUUAGCAUUCACGAAUCGUAUAAGGCUGUAAUCGAAGCGGAUCUGCUACUUGACGGAGGACAACACUUAUCCUUCGUCUUCUCCUCUCAAACAACCGUUCUCCAUCCCUAACAGACACGCCACGCCCCGGUCCCCUCUGUCGUCCAUGAGCCCAGAAUUCCAAAUCCAUGGCCAUCAAAGCCCUCGAGGAGAAGGAGCAGUUGGUGGUGCUUCCCAGUCGAAAGAAUCGCUGGAAAAUAUGGACUCAUCGAUCGAUCUUGGAGAAGCCGUGCUGCCCCGAAACACCGCCGCCAAGAACCCCAACAAAUUGACCCUCCUUCCCCUCAUCUUCCUCAUCUACUUCGAAGUCGCCGGUGGCCCGUACGGGGCGGAGCCGGCGGUGCAGGCGGCGGGGGCCCUGUACGCGCUGCUCGGCUUCCUCAUCUUCCCCUUCGUCUGGAGCAUCCCGGAGUCGCUGGUCACUGCGGAGCUCGCCACCGCCAUCCCGGGCAACGGCGGCUUCGUCCUGUGGGCGGAUCGCGCUUUCGGCCCCUUCUGCGGGUCACUGAUGGGGACCUGGAAGUUCCUCAGCGGCGUCAUUAACAGCGCCGCCUUUCCGGUCCUCUGCGCCGACUACCUCGCGCGGGUGGAGCCGUCCGUUGCCAGCGGCACGCCGCGGUACGUGACGGUGGCCGGGAUGAACCUGGCGCUCUCCUUCCUCAACUACACGGGGCUGACCAUCGUGGGGUACACCGCGGUGGCUUUGGGGCUGGCGUCGUUGGCGCCGUUCGUGCUGAUGACGGCGAUGGCGGUGCCGAGGCUGAGGCCGGCGCGGUGGCUGACGCGGGGGAGGGGCAACGAUUGGCGCCUCUUCUUCAACACGCUGUUCUGGAACCUCAACUUCUGGGACAAUGCGAGCACGAUGGCCGGGGAGGUGGAGCGGCCGGAGCGGACCUUCCCGACCGCGCUGCUCUCGGCCGGACUGAUGACCUCGCUUGGCUACCUCCUCCCGCUCAUGGCCGGCACGGGGGCGGUCGACGCUCCGCAGGACGCGUGGGGCAACGGUUUCUUCGCCGACAUCGCAGGCAGUAUAGCUGGGAGAUGGCUCAAGUAUUGGAUCGAGGUGGGCGCCGUGCUGUCGGCGAUCGGACUGUACGAAGCGCAGCUCAGCUCCAGCGCGUUUCAGCUGCUGGGGAUGGCCAACUUGCGCUUGCUUCCUCGAAUCUUUGCCUCCAGGGCGAAGUGGUUCUUGACCCCCUGGGCGGGCAUAUUAACGUCCAGUCUCAUCACCCUCGCCAUCUCCUUCAUGAGCUUCAACGACAUCAUCAACUCCGCCAACUUCCUCUACGGCCUGGGGAUGCUCAUGGAGUUCUCAGCCUUCUUGUGGCUGAGGAAGAAGGAGCCGAACCUCAAGCGGCCUUACCGCGUGCCGAUGAGGCUCCCCGGCCUGGUGCUCUUGUGCCUGGUCCCAUCGGCGUUCCUCAUCUUUGUGAUGGCCAUUGCGAGCUGGAAGGUGUUUGCUAUCUGUGCUGCGUUGACGGCCCUUGGCAUCGCAGUCUAUUAUACUAUGGCCGUUUGCAAGUCUAGGGGGUGUUUAGCAUUCAUGGACGAGGAAGAGACUAAUGGAGAAAUCGGCACGGGUGAUGCUUGAGAAUUGGCAGUAUCCUUUAUAUGUAUUAUUUUAUGGAUAACGGGUGAUUGAUGAUAUGUGGUCACUGCAGAAGAGUUUGGGAAGAUUUCAGCAGGUUUGAUUGAUGGGUUACUGGGAUUCGAUGAGACAUCUGAAGGUACAUAUAUUUCUCAUAUUA